GUGUUCAGGCGCUUCGUGGAGGUUGGCCGGGUGGCCUACGUCUCCUUUGGGCCUCAUGCUGGCAAGCUGGUCGCGAUUGUAGAUGUAAUCGAUCAGAACAGAGCUUUAGUCGAUGGACCUUGCACUCGGGUGAGGAGACAGGCCAUGCCUUUUAAGUGCAUGCAGCUUACUGACUUCAUCCUCAAGUUCCCACACAGUGCCCGCCAGAAAUAUGUACGGAAAGCUUGGGAGAAAGCAGAUAUCAAUACGAAAUGGUCGGCCACAAGAUGGGCCAAGAAGAUUGAUGCCCGAGAAAGGAAAGCCAAGAUGACAGAUUUUGAUCGUUUCAAAGUAAUGAAAGCAAAGAAAAUGAGGAACAGAAUCAUCAAGACUGAGGUCAAGAAACUUCAGAGAGCUGCUAUCCUGAAAGCUUCGCCCAAAAAAGCUCCUGUUGCUAAGGCUGCCAUUGCAGCGGCAGCGGCUGCAGCUGCAGCUGCUAAAGCUAAGGUUCCAGCCAAGAAGGGGACAGCACCAGGCAAGAAGGCUGCAGGCCAGAAGGCUGCAGGCCAGAAGGCUGCAGCUCCUGCUAAAGGUCAGAAGAGUCAGAAGACCCCGACCCAGAAAACCCCUGCUGCAAAGGCAGCUGGAAAGAAAGCAUGAGGCUGUACAAAGUAAUAAAGGCUCUUUGACAUGUCGGCA